AGAAAGCGUCACGACUUAAAUACAUGCCAGCUCUAAACAUUUCCCGGAGUUACAGCAUGAUGUCUGUAGGAAAAAGGAAAAGCAUUACUAUGCGUUUGGCUGCAGUUUUCUUUUUUACAUGUUAUUUGGCACAAACGAUAGACUGUUCUCGACUGAGGAAAACACAAAGACGAGAGGGACGAAAAGAAGCUGGCUCAGCCAAAACGCUAGGCAUCCAAGAAGGGAAAAUACUAUUUGGUAGCUUUUUUGAGAGCGGAGCAAGCCUUGAGUCACGAGUCACAGGUGGGACCAAGAAGUCUUCAAACUCUUCUGUGGAUGAUGAGGCAGCUUAUCAAGCGGACUUUGCAGGCUGGUCAAAAGGAGAAACGCAUGAUGUGCCGGCCAGUCCCAAAGAAGCAGCAUGGAAACACAUGGGGCCUUCUCUGCGGUGUGCUGGGGACCAGAUGAAGUUCAGAGCAGUGGGACCAGGAGCUUCACAGUUCGCAGUUGAACAAAGAAAUGCACCUCCAAUGCCUCUGUCCCAGGUCCCUUCCACCUGUGGCUACAGCAUGCAGAGGAACUCCUUUGCACUUGUUAUGUUGGUUCCCUAUGAUGGCUGCAACAUGAUUCAAGAGGGUGGAAGUUAUGUGCUCCCAAUGCGAUGGCAUGGAAUUCCAGUCUCACUCUGGUGUCCAAAGCCUGCAGCACAUACUCCUGCUGUGCCAAUAAACCCUGGUUACUUCCCUCCAGUCACAGUGCCGCCAACCACCACUACCAAGAUGAUGACCGCUGAUGGAAAACACCCUCAGCCUCAGUUUCCACAAUAUCCACAACACCCAAUAUAUCUUACAGUGCCGCCAGCCACCACUACCAAGAUGACGGCUGAUGCAAAACACCCUCAGCCUCAGUUUCCACAAUUUCCACAAUAUCCACAACACCCAAUAUAUUUUCCACCUCCAGGUGUGCUCCCUCCAGUCAAAACAGGAAAGCCAGAAGCCCCUUUUCCCCCAAUGGUAAAACCUUACCCUCCCAUCCCAUGGCAACUCCCAGCCCACCUGCCACCAUUUCCUCAACCAGAUACACCUGAGCCAUUGAUGCCUGUCAUGCUUUUCUAGCCUCUUGCCUAUCAUUUUCCUGUAAAAUAAAUGGGUUAAAAAAA